AUGGCCGACCGAUACUCCUUCUCCCUCACCACAUUCUCGCCCAGCGGCAAGCUGGUGCAAAUAGAAUACGCCCUCAACGCAGUCAACCAGGGCGUAACCUCCCUCGGCAUCAAAGCCGCCAACGGCAUCGUCCUCGCCACCGAGAAGAAAUCCUCCACCUCCCUCAUCGAUGCCUCCUCCAGCUCAAAGAUCUCCCUCAUCACCCCCAACAUCGGCAUGGUUUACGCCGGCAUGGGACCCGACUACCGCGUGCUAGUCGACAAGGCGCGGAAAGUCAGCCACACGGGGUACAAGCGGGUGUAUAACGAGUACCCGCCCACGCGCAUCUUGGUGCAGGACGUGGCGCGGGUGAUGCAGGAGGCGACGCAGUCGGGUGGUGUGCGGCCGUACGGCGUGAGUCUGCUGAUUGCGGGGUGGGAUGAUGGUGUCUUGCCGGAGCAGGAGCGGAAGGAGGCGGAGGCGGAGAUGGGAGAUGAUGAUGAGGCGAAGGAGAAGCAGGUGAAGAGUGGAGGCAAGACGGGCGGGAUUCUGAAGGGCGGGCCGAGUUUGUAUCAAGUGGAUCCGAGUGGGAGUUAUUUCCCUUGGAAGGCGACGGCGAUUGGGAAGAGUGCGACGAGCGCGAAGACCUUUUUGGAGAAGAGGUAUACGGAGGGCUUGGAGUUGGAGGAUGCGGUGCAUAUUGCGCUCUUGACGCUGAAGGAGACCAUUGAAGGGGAGAUGAAUGGCGACACCGUUGAGAUUGGCAUCGUCGGUCCACCAGCAGACCACCUUCUCGGCUACGAAGGCGUCGAGGGCGCACGAGGGCCACGCUUCCGGAAGCUGAGUCCGCAGGAGAUCGAGGACUAUUUGACUAACCUCUGA